GCAGCUCAAUAGUCACACUUUUGAAUGCUUCAUUUGAAAAGUAAAUUAUUCUUAUUCAUGUUCAAUAAAGAGAUCUCUGGUUGAGGCAAAGUUACCAAAGCAUCUAGUUGGCAAUGGUGGCACCAACAGGGAAGAUGCAUUAUAGACAUCACUCACCAGCAAAGCUUCUUAACAUGACUUCACAUUGUGAGGCUCUUAAUUAGCAUCGUCUCCUCCCCACAACAGAUGAAAUAGCAACCUACAAACACAUUUAGAAGGAACCUACAGCUGAGAUGAGAAGUCUCUAAACAGGCAUCCACCUGACUCCAUGUUAAUUAUAUUUGGGUCUUUCCACCACGGAAAUGUCACACAGCUGUGCGGUAGUUUAACGAAGGAAACUGCAAAAUUUUAAGUUCUAAAGGACCUCAGUGAUCCACUGCUGUUAAGGACAGUGCGAGAUGAACUCUUUGGCUCAUACAGCAUUUAGAUAUAAUUUUUCUUUUUUUUCUCAGACACAGCACAUAUUAGUGUGUGAUAAUGGACAUCUAUUUAAAAGCCAUUGUUGCCAUAUAUAAAAUAGAAACAACAUUAAUAUGAACUAAUAAUGAAGAUAGCACUAAACUGCCUUGCCUACCAGACUGGAAAGUAUUCAACUUACAUAGCAGAAUGAGCUGUUGUAAACAAACAAACAAUAAAAAAUAAGAUUACAGCAUAACAUUAAGGUGUUUAGCGUCAUUUUAUGCUUUCAUCAUUUAAUAACCCCAAAUCAAGAAAUUUAUUGCCAUGAAAGGACACUUGUUAGUUUAACAGCAAGGCCAUCCAAAAGUCUACUGAGGUGGCAGAGAUAAUACUGUUUAAGAUGAUCCCUUAAAUGAAGUAAGGUCAAAUAAAAGUACUUUAAUUUUGAAAAUGCGCUCAAGCACAGAGGAAUCGGCAGGCACACUAUAAAAGCCACUGAUAUACUGAAGGUUUGGGGAGACAGCGGUAGGUAAGACUGAGUGUUGCUCAUGUACAAUAACAGCGCUUGGUUCCCAGCACCCACUUUGGGCAAUUUACAACUUCCCUAACUCCAGUUCCAGAUAACCUGACACUCUCACUGGCUUCCUCCAGUACUGCACUCCCAUAUAUAGAGAGGAUAAGCAAACAACAAAGAAUAGAGAGGAAACAGAACUUGGACUGGUGAGAUAGAUGACUUCAUUGUUAAAAAGUUUGUGUUCAUUUCUGGCAUUGUUAAAAAGUUUGUGUUCAUUUCUGGCAUCCACGGAUAUCAGUAAAGUUAAGUGCUCAGAUUACAUACAAAUGCUCCAUACAUUUUCACAUUGCUUCGGCAGCACCGUUGAACCUGGUUUGACAACUCUGCACUUUUUUAAAAAUCACAAAACUGGCAGUCGCCGCUGUCCUCCGUUGCCUCUUCCUGCAGCCAUGAUCAACCCCACUGUGUUCUUUGACAUCACGGCAGAUGGUGAGCCUUUGGGCCGCAUCUCCUUCAAACUUUUUUCAGACAAAGUUCCAAAGACAGCAGAAAACUUUCCCUCUCUGAGCACUGGAGAGAAAGAAUUUGGAUAUAAGGGUUCCUCCUUUCACAGACUUACCCCAGGAUUCACGUGCCAGGGUGGUGACUUCACACGCCAUAAUGACACCGGCGGCAGCUCCUUCUAUGGAGAGAAAAUUGAGGAUGAGAACUUCAUCCUGAAGCAUACAGGUCCUUGCAUCUUGUCCGUGGCAAAUGCUGAACCAAACACAAAUGGUUCCCAAUUUAUCUGCACCGCUGAGUGGCUGGAAGGCAAACAUGUGGUCUUUGGGAAGGUGAAAGAAGGCAUGAACAUUAUGGAAUCUGUGGAGAGUUUCGGGUCCAGGAAUGGGAUCACCAUUUCCAACUGUGGGCAACUCUAAUUCUUUUGACUUGAGGGCUUCUUACCUACCAGAUUAUUCCUUCUGUAGCUCAGGAGAGCAUUCCUCUCCACCCCGUACCACAUCAGUGCACAAUGCCCUGUAAUCACUGAAAUUCUUUGGGUUCUAUAUUUUCCUCAUACCCUCCAAGUCUAGCUGAAUUGCAGAGUUAAGUUUAUGAUUAUGAAUAAAAAUUAAGUAAAAACAAAACAAAAAAUGAAAAAAUCCUCCAUCACAGCCUCCGUAAAUACCAAAGAUGUCUUCUGCCAGUAUCCAGACUCUCUCAGUGAAUUUAGUAAUUUAAACAUUUCAAAUCACAGCCACCUGUAACUCCAGUUCCGGGGGAAUCUAAUGCCAUCUUCUUGUCUCUAUGGCCAACUGCACUCAUGUGCAAAUGCACAUAUGUAUGCAUGAUUAAGAAUAAAAUGUGGUUUAUUGAAAAAGAAGGAACAAAUUUGGAAAAGAAAUAGAAAGUAAACAUAGGACCAUUGUAAUUUAAGGAGUUCAGUUGAUUAGACACUAUAAAAGAAAACA